GGGGCAGGGCAGGCAGCAAUAAAAGGGGCGAGGAGGGAGCCCCGAGCACCAGCCCGGAGGAGGAGGCUGCUGUGCAGAGAGCAAGCGACGAGCAUGAGGACCGCAGCGCUGCUCAUCGCCGGCCUGGCCUGGGCCACGCUGGACCCCGCGGCUGCCACCCCGUCGAGCUGUGCGCAGCCCCCGGAGAUCGAGCACGGCCACGUGGAGCACGUCAUCAGGUACCGCUGCGACCCGCACUACCAGCUGCGCAGCGCUGGCGACGGCACGUACAAGUGUCAAGAGAAUGACGUUUGGGUGAACCCUAACGCUGGGAAGGAGCUGCCCGUCUGCGAGCCAGUGUGCGGGAAGCCGCAGCACCCGGCCAGGCAGGUGCAGCGCAUCAUCGGGGGCCUGCUGGCCGACAAGGGCAGCUUCCCCUGGCAGGGCCGGCUGGUGACGCGCCACAACCUCACGGCGGGGGCCACGCUCGUCAGCGACCAGUGGCUGCUGACGACGGCCAAGAACGUGUACAUGAACCACAGCGAGGACGCGGAGCCGGCCGAGAUCGCGCCCACCCUGCGGGUCUUCCUGGGCGGCAAGGGGCAGCCCGCCCGGCGCGUGGAGCGCGUCGUGCUGCACCCCGACUACCCCGCAGCCGUGGACCUGGCCCUGCUCAAGCUGCGGGAGAAGGUGCCGCUGGGGGAGGAGGCGAUGCCCAUCUGCCUGCCGCGGAAGGACUACCUGCAGCCGGGGCGGGUGGGCUAUGUCGCGGGCUGGGGCCGCGGGGCCACCCUUGCCUUCUCGGAGCUGCUCAAGUACGUGAUGCUGCCGGUGGCGGAGGACGAGAAGUGCCGGGCGUACUACGCGGCCCGCGGGCCCCACGGCGUGCUGCCCCUGCUCAGCAAGCACACCUUCUGCGUGGGCAUGAGCGAGCUGCGGGAGGACACGUGCUACGGGGACGCUGGCGGAGCGUUCGCCGUGCAGGACCCCGAGGACGACACCUGGUACGCCGCCGGGAUCCUCAGCCACGACAGGACCUGCGCCGCCUCCAAGUACGGCGUCUACGUCCGCCUGGAGCACGUCCGCGACUGGGUGCAGCAGACCCUGGCGGGCGACGGGGCGGGGGCCGGCGGCCAGCAAUAAACUGCCCCACUGCGA